GCCGCGCGUCGUGACGGGGGGCAGCAGUAUCUCGUCCGCCGGCCCGCUGUCAGAUAUGGUCCGACUGACAUCUCUCCUGCUGGGCCUCGGCCUGGCCGCCGGGAAAACGAUCACGCCUUCCCAGACAUCAGCCAUCGCCACCGCCGCCACCAAGGCGGCCAAGACGCUGCAGACGCCGACCCAGAACCGACAGGGCGCCGUCCGCUUCCCAGCCGCGCCGGCUGACCGGCAGGCGUUCCAGCAGCUGCAGAAGGUGUACCAGAGCCUGCCAACCAACGUCAAGAGCCAGGCCGCGUCGCCGGUGACGCCGAUCAACAGGGACGGGGGACACCACCACUCCAGCUCCUCCGGCUAUGUGCAGCCGAGCCAUGGCUACAGCCAGCCCAGCGUCGGCUACAGUCAGUCUAGCUACGAUGACUCUGACAGCUACGGCUACACGGAGGCACAGUCGUACAGCAGCGGCGGCGGCCUGCUGGACAACCUGGGCAAGUACGGCGCCAUCAUCAUCCCGAUCCUGCUGGUCAUCGGGCUGUUGUUCCUGUUCCCAUCUGUGGUCAACGUCUCUGGCACCCGGCGACGACGCGCCGCGGCUCCCGUGGAUGACCUGGAUGAUCCGUCCGAUGACCUAGUGUACCGCUUGAGAACCAUCUACGAAUCUAUCAGCGAGGACCCGCUGUGCACCAGCCGGCUGUUCUGCGAGCUGGGCUCGGUGGUCGGCGACACACCCUACACUGAACGCAUCCUCAAGUAUAUCGGCGUGUUCUACCCCAGCAAAAGCACCAAUAUGCUGGUGAUGAGGAAAGCGGCGCUCGCAGACGAUCCCAAGUGCCAGCUGUUGGCGUGUGCGGCCUGGGAAGAUGAGUAGGAGACGAGCGGUUGACCUUCCAACCUUGCGUGGAAGGCAGCAGGCGGGCGACACUGGCUCGACGCCGCGGUGCGACUAGAGGAGGGAGUUGCGGUGUAGUUCAGCUUGACGGUACGCGUAAAUACUCAUUCGCUGCGCUCCCCGUGCUCCCAACGGCUAAGACGUGACUUCCCACAGUCCCACACAUUUCCACAUCUCUUACCCAUGCAGCUGCAAGGGGUGAGUUGAUAACGCACGCUUCCGUAGGUGCUUCUGUUAUAUAUUAGCUUGAAUCUUGUGCAUUAACCAAAGAGUUGUGAUUGAGCGUGAGCUUGUGCAUGCAAGGCCAAUUUGUGGUAUUUGUUCUGUUACAAUACUUUGUUGGUUUUAAGAUAGCACAGCUUCCAUGGACAGUCAGGGCUGUUGAAGAGGCCGAUCAUGCUGUUGACUCAUCACAUUAAUGAAGUAUUUAUUGAUGACGCGUAUUGAUUGAUGCUUAUCAACUUCGUAGCUAUCUCUUUGUGUGUCAAAUAAAGCGACAACAAUGGUGUGA